UUCAAGUUUGAUUUUUUUUGUUUACGAUUUUUUGUAAUACAACAACUAAUAACUGCGUUUAGACUAUUUGUUAACCGUAUUUUAUUUUGCGUUAUAUAUAACAAUAUAAUGGUUAGAUUUAAAAAUAGAUAUAUUACCGUUGAAAUAACAUGUCCUUUAGUGCCGGAACAUAAGCCACUUACUCUCAAAUCCAAAAUAUUUCAUGAAACUGUUUUGAACAAAGUUCAACAACUCCAUGGAGAUUUUGGAAUUGCAUCCAUCAGAAACGGAUUUAUUACAAAAUAUUGCAAUGAAAAUACUAGAAUAGCAAUAAUACGAGUAAGACAUGGUCCACAUCGUUUUGUGACAAGCAGUCUUCCUUUUAUUACAAAGAUUGAUAAGUUAGAUGUAAGGCUAAACACUCUUUAUGUGAGUGCAACUUUGAAACAUAGUUUUCUGUUUAUAAAAAAUCAUCAAAUAGCUUACUUAGAUUCUAUGUGGUCUAAAUUGAAAACUGAUGAAGAAAGAAUGAAGUUGGAAUCAGCAGUUAUGGAUUUUACAAAAACUGAUGUAGCAAUUAAUAUUGAAAAUAUUACAUAAAUAAACAAGCAUAUA